AUGGAGGUCGUUGAUUGCCUUACGAGAAGUCCGAAUGUUGAAUGGUGCCUAGGUGGAGAUUUUAAUGAAGUCACGGGGAGUGCGGAGAGACUAGGGGUUGGAGUUUUUUUCAACAGGAGAGGUAUGGAGGACUUUCGUGAGUUUAUUGGUCGUAUGGAGGUUGAAGACAUUCCGUGCGUGGGUGGUAAAUUCUCUUGGUUCAAGGACAAUGGGAAAGCUAUGAGUCGGCUUGAUAGAUUCUUGGUGUCAAAACCUUUGAUAGAUGCUUGGGGAGUGGUGGAUCAAAGGAUAGGAAAGAGGGAUAUCUCAGGCCAUGCGCCUAUUCUCUUGAACUCCGGUUGGAUCGACUGGGGACCAAAACCUUUCAAAUUCAACAAUGCUUGGUUCAAACACGAUGCUUUUCUAGACUUCAUUAGAGAGGAAUGGCCGAAGAUGGAGGUUAAAGGUCGGGGGGAUUUUGUGUUAUUUGAGAAGCUAAAAAGAUUAAAAGCUAGCCUAAAAGUUUGGAAUAGGGAGGUUUUCGGUUGGAUAGACCUAAAAGUGGACAAAGAUGCGGACAUUAUAAACGAUAUGGAUGUUUUGUUGGCGGAUCGUUUUGGGGGCAGCAUUGACGACUUGGUUGAGACAAGAAGGAAAGCUUCUUGUUAUUUGUGGGCGGUGCCGGAUGGUUUGAAUCUUAGAUGUCUAAGCGAAGAAGAUAGGAAGUUGUUGGAAAGGGAUCCUUUAGACGAUGAGAUUAAGGAGGCGGUUUGGGAUUGUGAUGGGAGUAAGAGCCCGGGACCGGAUGGCUUCACUCUAGAGUUCUUCCAACUUUGUUGGGAAACGGUUAUGGGAGAUGUAUUUACUUUUGUGAAAGAUUUCUUCCUUAAAGCAAGACUUAUAAAAGGUUGUACAUCUUCCUUCUUAGCUCUAAUUCCUAAAGUCCAAAAUCCUCAAUCCCUUUCGGAGUAUAGGCCUAUUUGUCUUGUGGGGAGCAUGUAUAAGAUCUUAGCGAAAAUUCUAGCCAUUAGAUUGAGGAAUGUUGUUGGGAAGUUGGUUUCUUGUAAUCAAACGGCCUUUGUGUCAGGUAGAAGUAUAGAGGACGGGGUCUUAGUUGUGAAUGAGGUGCUUGACUUAGCUAAAAGAAGCAAAAGGGAUUGUGCGGUGUUAAAGGUGGAUUUUGAAAAAUCCUAUGAUCGUGUAAGUUGGAAGUUCUUAGAUUAUGUGUUAACCAAAAUGGGUUUUGGCACCAAUUGGUUAAGAUGGAUGGAAGGAACCGUUUUUUCUAGCGUUAUGUCCGUUCUCAUCAACGGAAGCACCACGAAGGAUUUCAUAGUGGAGAAAGGAUUGCGUCAAGGGGGUCCUUUAUCCCCUUUUUUGUUCGUUUUGGUGAUGGAGGUUCUCACGGCUUUGAUGAACAAGGCUAUCUCUUUAGGAGAUUUCCAAGCCUUCAAAGUUAAUGAAACGGAGGAGGUUAGCAUGCUUCAAUUCGCGGACGACACCGUAGAUAAAUUACCUUUUAAGUUUCUCGGCGUUAGAGUGGGUGAUAGUCCGAGGAAGUAUUCUACGUGGAGGGAGUUGAUCAAGGCUUUGAAGAAUAGAUUGGCGGCUUGGAAGGGAAUCCAUUUAAAUUUGGCCGUCCGGGUGUGUUUGAUUAAUGCCGUGCUAAAUGCUUUACCGAUUUACUCUCUUUCUUUUUACAAAGCUCCUUCGAAGGUUCUUAACGAAAUUACUGCCAUUCAAAGAAAAUUCCUUUGGAGUGGAAGUGAUUUCAAAAGAUCCAUUAAUUGGGUGAGUUGGGAGAUAGUUUGUAAGCCAAUUGAUGAAGGAGGCCUAGGGGUGAAGAAUGUGGAGGUUUUGAACGUUGCGCUUCUUAGUAAAUGGAAGUGGAGGAUCCUUACGGAAGAGAAUGAUGUUUGGAAGGGUAUUCUCGAGACUAGAUACGGAAAUGUGAGGAGGAAGGUGUUAAUUGGCGAUAUUUCCGUUAUCAAGAACUCGGACUCAAUAUGGUGGCGUGAUCUCAUUAUUUCUGAUAACUUUGAGCUAUUACUUUUUCAAAACUUCACAGGUGCUGUUAAGUGCAACAUUAGAGACGGACAGGAUGUACCAUUCUGGUACGGUUGUUGGGCUGACUCCCGGCCCUUGAUGGUGCUAUUUCCAGAAUUAUUCGCGAUGGAUAGGGAUGAUGGAAAGACGGUGGCAGCAGCAGGGACACUCACGGCUUCAGGCUGGCAGUGGGAUUUGAAUUUCCUAUCGGCUGGCAGUAUCAGUAGUAGCGCAGCCAGGCAGCAGUUGGAGCUCAUGGAGAUUAUCGAGCAUGUUACUCCUAGGAGGGGUGUCAAGGAUUCUUACAAAUGGCACAUCAACAACGACAAAGUUUUCACGGUAAAGUCUUGCUUUAUCUGGUUUUUCUCUAAACUAUCUGGGCCUUCUCUUAGUGAGGAAGUGAUAAAGGCAGCAGCUUUUAUAUGGAACCUUAAUGCCCCCUCAAACUUCUUGUUUUUUGGUUGGAGAAUAAUUCAUGAUAGAAUUGCUACCAAGGAUAAUUUGAUUAAAAGGGGCAUCUUAGAUGCUAAUGACUCUUUAUGUGUGUUCUGUUCAACUUCGGAGGAAUCUUUAUCUCAUUUGCUAGGGGGCUGCAGUGUGAUGUUUGAAAUAUGGUCGAAGGUGUUCUCUUGGAUAUGA